ACAGCUCUUUACACAUUUGGCAACGCGAGAAAACAAGCAGCUAAGGAUUCUUUAAUUAUUUACACAGGCAGAUAUUAUUGUCUGCAUUCUUUUAAUGGAAUUGCAUAAAUAAAUUGUUAAAAAGUAACUCGAAAGAAAAUAUUCACUGAACAUUAUCGUGAUAUAAAAAUCAACCAUGGAUACGCCAAGCAUAAAUCCUAAAGAACAAGAAUAUGCAAAUGCAAAAGCAUAUUUAUUACAAACAAGUACAGAAACUGGAUACAAUCUAUAUGACCAUCUGAGUACAUGUUUAACAAAGAUUUUAGAUGAAAGACCAGAAAAUGUAGUCGAUGUUUUUGAAGAUAUAAGUAACCACACUAAAAGAGCAAAGUUCACUUCAAAUGUAGACACUGUGCAAGAUAAAAUAGAUCAAUCAACAGAAGUUGCGCUAGCUCAAGUUCAAAGGAAACUUUUUGCUAAAGGAGAGGGAGAAGAAGGUGACCAAGAACAAGAUGAAGAUGCUGAAACUCCACUACCAAAUCUCAUGGAACUCUGCUUCUACUUUGAACAAGCUGGAGUUGGUCUGAACAGAGAAGAGGUCAUCAGAGUUUGGAUGGCACUAAAAACUCUGGUAGAUACACAUAACCUUCAGCAUGUCAGGUUCUGGGGUAAACUUUUUGGAACAGAGCAAAAUUAUUAUGUAGCAGAGGUAGAGUACAGAGAAGGUGAUGAGGAGCAGGAAGAAGAAGAAGAAGAGUCUGAGGAGAAUGCAGAUGAAGAUCAGACCGAGAAAGAAGAAGGAGAAGAAGGUGAAGAGGAGCAAGAGGAAGAUGACACUCCCAAACCUGACUUUAAACCACCACCAGUAGUUCCUAAAGAGGAUAAAGCUGGUCCUAACAAGAAAACAUACUUUGUCUGCAAUGAUCCUGGUAAACCAUGGAACAAACUGCCUGCAUGUACACCAGCACAACUUCUAUCAGGAAGACAAAUUAAGAAAUUCCUUACUGGACGACUUGAUGCUCCUGUUGUAAGCUUCCCACCGUUUCCCGGCAAUGAGUCAAACUAUUUGAGGGCACAGAUUGCUCGUAUAUCAGCUGGUACCCACAUCUCACCUCUAGGUUUCUAUCAGUUUGAUGAGGAGGAGGAAGAAGAAGAAGAAGGAGAAGGCCGUGACAACUUUGUAGAGAAUCUUGACUUUGAGGGAAUCCCUGUAAAAGAGCUCAUAGACCCAACAUUGUCAAACUGGGUACAUCAUGUACAACAUAUACUGCCACAGGGUCGUUGUGUCUGGUGGAAUCCGGUACAGAAGAACGAGGAUGAAUUUGAAGAUGAGGAAGAGGAGGAGGAAAGAGAGGAACCAGACGAGCCUGAACCCGAGACUGGUCCACCAUUGUUGACACCUCUAUCAGAGGAUACUGAGAUAGGAAACAUGCCUCCAUGGACAGCCAAACUCUCCUCCCACCUCAUUCCACAAUAUGCCAUUGCCUGCAUACACUCUAACCUCUGGCCAGGUGCUCAUGCUUUCGCCACUGGAAAGAAAUUUGAGAAUGUUUACAUUGGUUGGGGACACAAGUACUCACAAGACAAUUACAGCCCAGCAGCACCACCUGCGAUACUUGAAGAGUUCCCAAGUGGACCAGAGAUCACGGAGGCCGAGGAUCCAACUCCCGAGGAGGAGGCAGCAUUGAGAGCGGCACGCCAGGAGGCACAGGAAGCUGCUGAGGACAUGGAAGAGGAAGGUGAAGAAAAUAGCGAUGAGGACUAGAUACAUUUUGUUUUCAUAGACAAGAAAAAUGAAUAUUCUGUGUAUUGAAUAAAAUAUUACGAGAUUUAAAUACUGUGCAUUUUUCUUGAUUUUGACGGAGUAAAGUGCCUUAUGAAAUUGAGUAAGAUUCCAUGAUAAGGACUGCAAUACUAGAUAGAUACUCCAUUAAAUAAACCAACAGACUUAGAAAUGGUAGAAGAGAUGAUUGCAGAGUUGGAAUUUGCAAUGUUGUCUCUGAAACAAUUCAUUAAUACUUUUCUUAUUCAUUUCUUCAUAUAUAAUGUUCUUAUUUAUAAUUGAAUGUAAGAAUGAGCAUUGCAUUUCUGUGAUAUUAUGAUGUUUAUUUGUCCGGUAACAUUUGUGUAAAUGUUUAAAAAGUUUAUUUAAGUUGAUAGACUAUUUUCUCCCUCCCUCAGUCUUGUAAAGAAUACUGCUUCAGUGUAGAGCAGGGAAAUAUAUACGUUCUUGUACCAGCAUUCCAAGUCUGACAAUUGUUGCUAAAAUAAUAUAUUUAUGAAUGGAAAUAUUGAAUUAAAAUAAAAAAAAAUGAAAAAUUA